AUGCCUAUCACCAACAAGGAGGCUGCGCCCGGUGCCGCCAUGAAGGCUGAGAUCGUGGACUACACCACUGCCCUUGAGGUCGUGAAGACCUACCCGACUCAGGAUGGCCUGGAUGUUGAUACCCUCCUGGACUCCGACAAGCACGGAGCCCUGACUUACAACGAUUUCCUCGUUCUCCCCGGUUACAUCGGCUUCCCCGCCUCUGAUGUGACUCUGGACACCCCUGUGACCAAGCGUAUCUCGCUCAAGGCUCCUCUUGUGUCCUCCCCCAUGGAUACCGUCACCGAGCACAACAUGGCCAUCCACAUGGCUCUGCUCGGUGGUCUCGGUGUCAUUCACAACAACUGUGCCCCCAAGGACCAGGCCGAGAUGGUCCGCAAGGUUAAGAGAUACGAGAACGGUUUCAUCCUUGACCCCGUUGUUCUCUCUCCCACCGCUACCGUCGGUGAGGCCAAGGAGCUCAAGGCCAAGUGGGGCUUCGGUGGCUUCCCUGUCACUGAGAACGGUACCCUCCGCUCCAAGUUGGUUGGUAUGGUCACCUCCCGUGAUAUCCAGUUCCACAAGAACCUCUCCGACCCCGUGACCUCCAUCAUGGCCACCGACCUGGUCACUGCCCCCGCUGGCACCACCCUUGCUGAGGCCAACGAGGUUCUCCGUCAGUCCAAGAAGGGCAAGCUGCCCAUCGUUGACUCCAACGGCAACAUCGUUUCCUUGCUGUCCCGCUCGGACUUGAUGAAGAACUUGCACUACCCUCUGGCUUCCAAGCUCCCCGAUUCCAAGCAGCUCAUCUGUGCCGCCGCUAUCGGUACUCGUGAGGAGGAUAAGGAGCGUCUCAGACUUCUUGCUGAGGCUGGUCUUGACAUUGUCAUCCUGGACUCCAGCCAGGGUAACAGCUUGUACAUGAUUAACAUGCUCAAGUUCGUUAAGGAGACCUUCCCUGACAUUGAUGUUAUUGCCGGUAACGUUGUUACCCGCGAGCAGGCUGCUGCCCUGAUCGCCGCUGGUGCCGAUGGCCUGAGAAUUGGCAUGGGCAGCGGUAGCGCUUGCAUCACCCAGGAGGUCAUGGCCGUCGGCCGUCCCCAGGCCGCCGCUGUUCGCAGCGUCUCCAACUUCGCUGCCCGCUUCGGUGUUCCCUGUAUCGCUGACGGUGGUGUCCAGAAUGUUGGUCACAUCGUUAAGGGUCUGGCUAUGGGUGCCAGCACCGUUAUGAUGGGUGGUCUCCUUGCUGGUACCACCGAGUCCCCUGGCGAGUACUUCGUCAGCAACGAGGGUCAGCUUGUCAAGGCUUACCGUGGUAUGGGCAGUAUCGCCGCCAUGGAGGACAAGAAGGCUGGUGGUGACAAGAAGGACACCCAGGCUAGCAACGCUGGUACUGCCCGUUACUUCUCCGAGAAGGACCACGUUCUGGUCGCUCAGGGUGUCGCCGGUUCCGUUCUGGACCGCGGUUCCAUCACCAAGUUCAUCCCCUACCUCAUUGCCGGUGUUCAGCACUCUCUGCAGGACAUUGGUGUUCCUAGCCUCGAUGCCCUCCACGAUGGUGUCAACUCUGGUGUUGUCCGCUUCGAGAUGCGCAGCGCCAGUGCUCAGGUCGAGGGUAACGUUCACGGUCUUCACAGCUACGACAAGAAGCUUUACUCGUAA